ACCACUACUUUAACAAAGAAAAAAAAAAAUAGAGAGAAUUGAAGAUGGCGGGCGGCAUAGCUGAAAGAUGGAAGGCUCUAAGUGGGAGUGAUAACUGGAAAGGGCUACUAGACCCUUUGGACUCCGAUCUCCGCCGCUAUCUCAUUCACUACGCCGCCAUGAUUUGUCCCUCAUUUGAAACUCUCAUAACUCAACCAUUUUCCAAAAAUAUUGGAUUGCCCAGAUACGCCAGGAGAAACCUCCUCGCCAAUACAGGCCUCGUCAAGGGAAACCCCUUCAAAUAUGAAGUGACCAAAUACUUCUAUGCAGUAUCAGGAUUCCCAGUCGGAGCUACAGGGUAUAAUGUGAGGCCAGAGAGAAGUGAUGCAGUGCUAAAGGAAUCAAACUGGAAUGGAUAUGUUGCUGUGGCCACUGAUGAAGGAAAAGCUGCUUUGGGACGAAGAGACAUUCUGGUUGUUUGGAGGGGAACAUUGCGACCCUUAGAAUGGGUUACCAAUUUCACAUUCCUUUUUGUCACAGCGCCCUUAAUCUUUGGCCAAAAUUCUGAUCCUCUGGUGCAUAGGGGUUGGUACGAAAUGUAUACUGCAAUCAAUAAAGAUUCAGUCUUGAAUGAAAAGAGUGCUCGAGAUCAGGUUCGUGAAGAAGUUGCAAGACUUGUUGAGUUAUACAAGGGCGAGGAACUCAGCAUAACCGUGACAGGGCACAGCUUGGGUUCUUCCAUGGCAACACUGAAUGCAACAGACAUGGCUGUCAACCCAUUCAGACCGGACAUUCCUGUCACUGCUUUCUUGUAUGCAAGUCCCAAAGUAGGGGACCUGAAUUUUAAGAAUGCUUUUGCUAACCAACCAAAUCUCAGAGGCCUGCGAAUCACUGACGUCAACGACGUUGUUACCAAAAUUCCGCCAUUUGGAUGGCCACUUGGUGCUCAAAUAUUGCCAAUCAUAUAUUACCAAGAUGUGGGAGAGGGUUUAAUAAUUGAAUCCAAAAGAUCUGAGUAUUUGAAGCCUGAACUCUCCUCGGCUCUUGGCUAUCACGAUUUGGUGCUUUAUAUGCAUGCAAUUGAUGGGUUCGAAGGGCCUCAAGGAGGGAUCUUGCCUCGCGGAUUCUUUGAUCUUGCCAAAAUUAACAAGUAUCAGGAUGCUUUGAAAGACGAAUUUAGUAUCCCAGUGGCCUGGUUGACCGUAAAAGAUAAAGGAAUGGUUCAGAAAGAGGACGGGAGUUAUAUUCUUGAUGAUCACGAAGUGGAUGACGGCUUUUAAACUAAAACCAAUUCAUUUGGUUGAAUAAAGCUAAGUCUCCUAUGAAGUUUCUACUUAUUUAUCAGUGUGCUUUGAAUAAGACUACCGGAGGCAACUAGCUAGCAGUGUGGCUGAAUGCAUAUGUAUGUUUGUUGUUUGCUUGCUUGUUUGUUUGUUUUUGAAUAAUGUGUUAAGGGAAAAUUGCAGUUUUAUUCCAUAAUUUAUAUGAAAAAUUGUAGUUUUCGUCCUCAAUUAAUAUUGCAGUAAUAUCUAUUAAUUAGUC